UAGCCUUACUUUGAAAGGACUCACGCCGGAUAUGGCGUAUUAUUUUGAGACUGUUUUUUUCACGCAGGAUUCUGUCAGACCCCGGCAGUCGAUGUCAUGUUACGUUUUCAAUACAUUCCUGCUUCAAUAACAUGAGACAGAACACCGCCUGGCUGUCAUGGAAUUGUCGCUGUUGGUGAGACGCUCGGAACUGGUGGCCCGAGAGCGCAGCGGCCACACGGCAGUGGUGGAGGGCAACCUGCUCUAUGUAUGGGGAGGCUACAUGUCUGUAGAUGAGGACGAAGUGUUCCUACCCAAUGAUGAAUUCUGGGUGUACGACCUCGUACAAGGAGAAUGGCAAGUAUUCCAUAUGACAGGGGAAGUCCCACCAUCCAUGUCAGGUGCCUGCAGCUGUUCCCUAAAUGGGCACAUGUAUAUAUUUGGAGGUUGUGAUGACAAUGGCCAGACCAAUCAGAUCUAUCGCGUCAACCUGGCAGGCGAUCAUUACGCAUGGACCAAAGUGGUGCACCGCGUUGGUUCGGCGCCAUCGCCUCGAGACAAACUGUCCUGCUGGGUUUACAAAAGAAGGAUAAUCUACUUUGGAGGAUAUGGUCACAAAUUGCUAGCAGAGGUUGACAGAAGAAACAGGAGCUUCAUUGUAGAUGAUUUAUCGGAGGACAUUGUGUGGGGCUGGAAUAAUGAGGUUCACAUAUUCGACCCCACACAAUCCAGUUGGACUCGCCCUCAAACACACGGCCGUGCUCCGGCCCCCCGAGCCGCCCAGGCCUGUACCAUGCUCGGAAAUCGGGGAUACAUUUGUGGCGGACGAGUUAAGGAAACUCGAACGAAUGACAUUCACUGCUUGGACUUUGACUCCUGGACGUGGUCAGAAAUAGUUCCUGUAUCCAGCGUUCCGGUGGGCAGGUCAUGGCAUUCGCUCACAGCGGCGUCUGACAACACUUUGUUUUUAUUUGGAGGUCUCAGCAUGGACUGCAAACCUAUGAGCGACGCCUGGCUCUUUGACGUGCCGACAAAGAGAUGGAGAGAAGUUCAACAUCCUUUUAAGAACAAGCCAAGGUUGUGGCACACGGCCUGUCCCGGCAAGGACUCCGAUGUCAUUGUGUUUGGAGGCAGCUGUGAUUACAUCCUCCUUUUUGACACUGGACACUGCAAUGAUGCACUCGUCUUCCAGAUGGCGCCAUAUCCACUCUUCAGGAUUUGCGAGGACUACAUCGCAAAGGAGGCAAGCGAGAACGACCUGCUCCGAAAGCAGGUUCCACUUCUUCCUCCUAGAUUGUGCGCAGCGGUGCAUAGGAGAAUGUCUUUCUACAGGCUUUCAAAGAAACAACACACGCAAGUUCUGUGAAUGCCAACUAUAAUGCAGUUUAUUUGUAAUUUCUUUCCUCACACGGUACUGUGCUUUAUUCUUAACGCUGAAACAAAUAUGUCUUAUGUUUUAAAUACAUGUUGAGAAUUAUAUUUUUAUUGUACAAAUGUGAAAAUGUUACUGCGCCGUUCACCUGCUCUCAUUGUGGCGAUUAAAUAGCACGUGACAAAAUG